AUGAAAGACGUAUUUAUCAUAGCUGCAAAACGAACGCCGGUCGGUGGAUUGCUCGGCAGUUUAUCAGGCUUAUCGGCUACCCAAUUAGGCGCUAUCGCCGUUAAGGAAACCUAUCAGUCGACGGGCAUCUCACCCGAGCAGAUUGAUGAAGUGUACCUGGGCAAUGUAUUGUCGGCCAACCUGGGCCAGUCGCCCGCCCGGCAGGCUGCUAUAUUUGCGGGCAUCCCUGAUUAUGUGGAUGCCACCACGAUCAACAAAGUCUGUGCAUCCGGCAUGAAGGCCACCAUGAUCGGUGCGCAGCAGAUACAGACCGGGCUAUCCGACCUGGUGAUUACGGGCGGUAUGGAAAGCAUGAGCAAUACCCCACACUACCAAUAUAUACGCACCCCCAACAAGUAUGGUCAUACCGUGCUUACAGACGGCAUGAUCAAGGAUGGACUCUGGGAUGUGUACAACGACUAUCAUAUGGGCAACGCCGCCGAGCUAUGUGUGCGCGAGUAUAACAUCAGCCGCGAGGCACAGGAUACAUUUGCCCUGGCCUCUUAUGAAAAAGCCGUAGCGGCUACGAAGAAUGGAAAGCUGGCCCACGAGAUCAUACCGGUAACGAUUCAACAGAAAUCAGGCCCGGUGGUUAUCUCCGAAGAUGAAGACAUUUAUAAAGUCAUUCCCGAAAAGGAUUGA